GGUAAUUUAGUCCAAAUAACACCAGCGCUAAUCCAAGGUUAAUGAAACGACGUCAGUCUUGAGCCUGGCUGAUGCAACGACACCGUAGAAUGCCGACGGACGAGAAAGACUGUUGAGAUGACGUAAUUUCAUCUGGUAAUCUCGUUUGCUCAAGAGUGGAGUGUGCUGUGGCGCUCUUAUCAUCACCGCUUGAAUAAUAAUAAUAACAAAAUUAAUUAAUUAAUUUUUUAGAGUAGACUAUCAAGAGAGAAUCACCAUCUCUCUCCGUGUCCAGUCAUCUAGUCUCAGAUUUUAGAUUAAUUUGAUUACUGAGCGCAGAAUGGGGAGCAUCAAGGAAGAGAAGCUCAGAUUUUGCAUUGACCGAGGAGGUACUUUUACUGAUGUCUAUGCUGAAGUCCCUGGCAACCCUGAUGGUCGUGUUUUAAAACUUUUGUCUGUUGAUCCUUCGAAUUAUGAUGAUGCUCCUGUUGAAGGGAUUCGUCGGAUUCUUGAAGAGUAUACAGGAGAGAAGAUUCCAAGAUCUUCAAAAAUUCCCACAGAUAAGAUUGAGUGGAUUCGGAUGGGUACUACUGUUGCUACGAAUGCACUUUUGGAGCGAAAAGGCGAAAGGAUUGCAGUUUGUGUCACUCAGGGCUUCAAGGAUCUCCUACAAAUUGGUAACCAGGCCCGCCCCAAUAUUUUUGACCUUACUGUGUCAAAACCUUCUAAUCUCUACGAGGAGGUCAUAGAGGUUGAUGAGAGAGUUCAGCUUGUUCUUGAUAAGGAGGAAGUUGACCAAAAUUCUUCAGCAUCUGUAGUUAAAGGUGUCUCUGGUGAGCUUGUUAGGAUUGUGAAGCCGCUUGAUGAAGAAGCUUUGAAGCCUCUAUUGAAAGGUUUGUUGGAGAAAGGGAUUAGCUGUUUGGCUGUUGUUUUGUUGCAUUCUUAUACAUUCCCACAGCAUGAAUUAGCUGUUGAAAGAGUAGCUGCGAGUUUGGGUUUCAGACAUGUUUCCUUAUCUUCUGGUUUGAGUCCCAUGGUUCGAGCCGUUCCUAGGGGUCUAACAGCUAGUGUUGAUGCUUACUUAACCCCAGUUAUCAAAGAGUACUUAUCAGGGUUCAUUUCUAAAUUUGAUGAAGGGUUAGGGAAGGUCAAUGUCCUAUUUAUGCAAUCAGAUGGGGGACUUGCACCAGAAAGUAGAUUUUCAGGGCAUAAAGCUGUUCUGUCAGGUCCUGCAGGUGGAGUUGUUGGUUAUUCCCAGACUCUUUUUGGGCUUGAAACACAGAAACCGCUUAUUGGAUUUGAUAUGGGUGGUACAUCUACUGAUGUAAGUCGUUAUGCUGGGAGUUAUGAACAAGUUCUUGAAACCCAGAUUGCUGGUGCCAUAAUACAAGCACCUCAGCUUGAUAUAAAUACUGUUGCUGCUGGCGGUGGAUCCAAGUUGAAGUUCCAAUUUGGUGCUUUCCGUGUGGGACCUGAAUCAGUGGGUGCCCACCCUGGUCCUGUUUGUUACCGGAAAGGAGGAGAAUUGGCAGUUACUGAUGCUAACCUUAUUCUAGGAUUCGUUAUUCCUGAUUAUUUUCCAUCCAUUUUUGGUCCUAAUGAAGAUCAGCCAUUAGAUAUUGAGGCAACUAGAGAAGAAUUUAAGAAGCUUGCGAUGCAAAUUAAUUCUUACAGGAAGAGUCAGGAUCCAUUGGCAAAGGACAUGACAAUUGAAGAUAUUGCACUGGGAUUUGUCAAUGUUGCAAAUGAAACAAUGUGCCGUCCGAUAAGGCAGUUAACUGAAUUGAAAGGCCACGAGACAAGGAACCAUGCUCUUGCUUGCUUUGGAGGUGCUGGGCCACAGCAUGCUUGCGCAAUUGCUCGGUCAUUGGGUAUGAAAGAAGUACUCAUUCACAAGUUUUGUGGGAUCUUAAGUGCUUAUGGCAUGGGAUUAGCAGAUGUUGUAGAAGAGGCACAAGAGCCAUAUUCUGCAGUCUAUGGUCAUGAGUCUGUUUUGGAGGCUUCUAGCAGAGAAGAUGUGUUAUUAAAGCAGGUGAAGCAGAAGCUACAAGGGCAAGGAUUUAGAGAGGAAAACAUUACAACAGAGACAUAUUUAAAUUUGAGGUAUGAGGGUACAGAUACUUCCAUCAUGGUAAGGAGACAUGUAAAUGAAGAUGGAUCAAGGUAUGACUAUGCUGUGGAAUUCGUAAAGCUAUUCCAGAAGGAGUAUGGAUUCAAACUGCAGAACAGGAAUAUUCUUAUCUGUGACGUAAGAGUUCGUGGUAUUGGAGUCACUAACAUAUUGAAGCCGCAAGUCUUGCAACCCACUUCCGGUUCUCCAAAAGUGGAAGGUGAUUACAAGGUUUACUUUGGGAAUGGUUGGCUCAAUACACCUCUAUUCAAGCUUGAAAAUCUGGGGCCUGGGGACAUUAUGCCUGGCCCUGCAAUCAUCAUGAAUGGAAAUAGUACUGUGAUAGUGGAACCCAACUGUAAAGCUUUUGUAACUAAGUAUGGAAACAUUAAAAUUGAAAUUGAAUCUAAUGUAAACACUGUACAAAUUGCUGAAAAAGUUGCAGAUGUUGUGCAGCUCUCAAUUUUCAAUCAUAGGUUUAUGGGAAUAGCUGAACAAAUGGGGCGAACGCUUCAGAGAACUUCCAUAUCAACAAAUAUCAAGGAAAGGUUAGAUUUCUCUUGUGCCCUCUUUGGUCCUGAUGGGGGACUAGUCGCUAAUGCUCCCCAUGUCCCUGUGCACCUUGGAGCUAUGUCCAGUACAGUUCGAUGGCAGCUUAACUACUGGGGUGACAAUUUGAAUGAAGGUGAUGUUUUGGUUACAAAUCAUCCCUGUGCUGGUGGUAGUCAUCUUCCUGAUAUAACUGUUAUUACACCAGUUUUUGACAAGGGGAAACUGGUCGUUUUUGUGGCAAGUAGAGGCCAUCAUGCAGAGAUUGGAGGUAUUACUCCUGGAAGUAUGCCUCCGUUUUCGAAGUCCAUAUGGGAAGAAGGUGCUGCGAUUAAAGCAUUCAAGCUUGUGGAAAGGGGAGUUUUUCAGGAAGAAGGAAUCAUCAAACUUCUCAAGUUUCCUUCUUCCAAUGAAUCAGCUUAUAAGAUCCCUGGAACCCGCCGGCUUCAAGAUAAUUUGUCAGACCUACAUGCACAAGUAGCUGCAAACCAGAGGGGAAUUUCCCUUAUCAAAGAACUGAUUGAGCAGUAUGGUUUGGACACUGUUCAGGCAUACAUGACCUAUGUGCAGCUGAAUGCAGAAGAAGCAGUGAGGGAAAUGCUCAAAUCAGUUGCUGUAAGAGUUUCAUCUGAGUCAUCUAGGUUUGCACACAAUCACUCUAUAACCAUAGAGGAAGAGGAUUACAUGGAUGAUGGGUCUGUGAUACACCUAAAACUUACUAUUGAUUCAGAUAGAGGUGAAGCGUUUUUUGAUUUUAGUGGGACUAGCCCUGAGGUGUAUGGAAAUUGGAAUGCACCAGAGGCAGUAACAGCUGCAGCAGUCAUCUAUUGCCUUCGCUGUCUGGUGGAUGUUGAUAUUCCUCUCAACCAGGGUUGCUUAGCCCCUGUUACAAUCCAUAUUCCUCCAUGCUCAUUCCUCUCUCCAAGUGACAAGGCUGCUGUGGUUGGAGGUAAUGUUCUCACGUCUCAAAGAAUAACUGAUGUUGUACUAACUGCGUUUCAGGCCUGUGCUUGCUCUCAGGGUUGUAUGAACAAUCUCACUUUUGGGGAUCACACUUUCGGUUAUUAUGAAACAAUUGGUGGUGGAAGCGGAGCCGGUCCAACCUGGAACGGGACAAGUGGAGUCCAGUGUCAUAUGACUAAUACUCGUAUGACUGAUCCGGAAAUAUUUGAGCAGAGGUAUCCUGUUCUUUUGCAUAAAUUUGGACUAAGAGAGAACAGUGGUGGAGAUGGACUUCAUAAAGGGGGCGAUGGGCUUGUAAGGGAGAUAGAAUUCAGGCGGCCAGUGGUGGUGAGCAUUCUUUCUGAGAGGCGGGUUCAUGCACCAAGAGGUAUAAGAGGAGGGAAAGAUGGGGCUCGUGGGGCUAAUCACUUGAUUACAAAAGAUAAAAGAAAAAUAUACCUUGGAGGUAAGAACACAGUUGAGGUUCAGGCAGGGGAAAUUCUUCAGAUUUUAACACCAGGUGGUGGUGGAUGGGGUUCUUGAAAAUGCUGGGGCCGUCGCCAAAAACUGGCGGAAUGCUGAUUAGCUGACUGGAAUUUUGGGACUCUGUAUUAUAUGAUAUACAUGUCUUCUGGAAAUUGAAAAUAAAGAUUGAAAUUUUUAUUUCUUUGGUACUAUUUGUAGCUUUAUCCUAUAAAUGUACAUUUCUUUCAAAGAAAUUGCAGAAAAACUAUGAUGCACAUGAUGCAAGUAUUCAUAUUUCUUUUCCA